GGCGUCUCGCGCGCGCCUUCCUCUCGCGGCCGGGUUAGGAGGGGAGGAGCGACACUGAAAGCAACGAACGCCGCCCCCCCCCCACCUCACUCACCCCCUCAAAGGAAGCGGGACGUGCCCAAUGGGAGGAGAGCGAGAGGGCGGCUCCGCCCCUUCCCCGCGCGAGAAGGGGAGGGGCGGAUGCUGCGCGAUGACGCAGAUUACCUCUCUAAAGAGGCCAUGGCGCGACGCAUGCGCAAUAGUAGAGCUUGGCGGUAUGUUCUGAGUGGAGUGCGCCGAGAAUCAGAUUCACGGACUUUUACAACGGCUUCUGGAACCCAUGGCUGGUCAUCUGACACUGAUGGGCAGCAGCACAGUGACUCUGAUUCAGAAUCAGAAUUUCCUUCUCAGUUGCCUUCCAUCCCCACAGCCAUACCUGUGACCGGAGAAUCUUACUGCAACUGUGAGAACCAGAACGAAACUCCAUAUUGCUCUAACUUCCACAUGGCUCAUCGUAUGAAAGAUUGCCAGUGUGGAGAGGAAGAUGAUUAUUUUGACUGGGUAUGGGAUGAAUUGAACAAAUCGGCAAAUACUCUCUUGACUUGUGACAAUCGCAAGGUAAAUUUCCACAUGGAUUACAGUUGUGGUACUGCUGCCAUCAGGGGGAACAAGGAACUAGCAGAAGGUCAGCACUUUUGGGAAAUCAAGAUGACUUCACCCGUCUAUGGCACUGACAUGAUGGUGGGUAUUGGAACAUCAGAUGUGAACCUGGAUAAAUUCCGUCACACAUUCUGUAGCCUGUUGGGAAAAGAUGAAGACAGCUGGGGUCUUUCCUACACAGGACUCCUCCAGCACAAGGGGGAACGGAGCAAUUUUUCGACAAGGUUUGGGCAGGGCUCCAUUAUUGGGGUGCAUCUGGACACAUGGCAUGGAACCUUAACCUUUUUCAAAAACAGGAAAUGUAUAGGUGUGGCUGCCACCAAACUCCAGAACAAGAGAGUGUACCCGAUGGUGUGUUCAACUGCAGCCAAAAGUAGCAUGAAAAUCAUCCGCUCCUGCGCUACCCCCACCUCUCUGCAAUACCUCUGCUGCUACCGUCUCCGCCAGCUGCUUCCUGACUACGUGGACACACUAGAGGUGCUUCCCCUCCCUCCGGGACUCAAGCAGAUUUUGCACAACAGAUUGGGCUGGGUGUUGAGCAUGAACUGUGGCUCGCUCCAGUCCUCCUCUUCCUCCUCCUCCUCCUCUUCUACCUCCUCAGGAAGCGAUUCAGACAGCUCUUGUGGCUCGGAUGCCGAGGCACGCCAUCGGAAGAGAUGCAGGUGGAGGACUUAAUUUAUUUCUCUCCCCCUCCCCCCCCUUCGAAAGACAGUGUUGUCAUGAAGGAUAAGCUGUUCCCUCAGUGUUACCGAGUGACAUUUUACCUUCCUGAUUGUAUCCUGUUUGAACACUAAAGCCCGUUUUCAAUGUACCAUUAAAGAGACAAAGCAGUUUCCACAGCUUCGUUGUACCACGUGGCCCGGCAGGUCAUCAACUCUGGUUUGCCACGUUUCCUGGAACAGGUUGUUCGAAAGUCAGGCUUUUGGCAGCCCAGUGUAUCAAUAAGUAAUCCUUUCCUGCAGCCAAGGGAAUGCUUAGGGAAACCUCAGAAGCUACCACAUGUGCUAUGUGAAUUGCAGUAGAGGGCUCCAGUCUUUUGGAGCAGAGGAGCAAGCAGUCUUUCCAGAGCCAAAUGGCUCUCCUCGAUUCUCAGUGCUUUGGUAUUCAGAAGAGAACGUUAACCGUUGACAGCGUAAGUGGUAUCAUGUGAGCCCUGCAACUCUUCAACCUUCUUUGCAUGUCUUAUUGCUUCUCCUGUAUUGAACUAUUACCCAAAUGAAUUAAAAUAUAUACAGACUUUGAUCAGUGAUGAUAGGCUAGUCCAUCAACCUUACUGUCCUCUCAUCUCGAGAGAAUUCUAACCAGGUUCCCUAAUUCUUAAAUGAUCUGAUUCAAACGUAAUAUCAGGCUAGUAGUUGGAAUUAUGUGGAUGAACUUCAGCUCUGGAUGCUCCUGCUUUCUUCUGGAUCUUGAGUCCUGCAUUUCCUCUUUCACAGCCAGCUGUAAUUUACUUAUUUAGAGGUAUUCACAUCCCAUGUAUAUUUCCUGCGGAGGUAAGUUUAAAUAUGCCAAUUCUUUCUUUGAUUUGUUUCAUUAAAAACUAACUGCAAGGAUACGUACUGGUGGGGCAUUUUGCAGUUUAAAAGCCAGUAUUGGUAUGGUCUUUCCCUAAUGAUUACUUAUGGUUAUGUGGGUAGCCAGAAAAGGCGCUCUUGAUAUUUUUAAUGUAUGGAUAAGCACAAGGGCAAUUACAUUCCCUUCGGUUUCUCCUAUGCUCAAUGCAAAUGACAAAGUGUGGUUCAUUGUGAAAGGAGGUGUAUGAAGGGAACAAAGCUGCAUCAUUUUGUAAUAAAUCAUGGAUAAGUAUUAAUUUCUGAAUUUAACCACUGUGAUUUGGCAGUAUAAUAGAUUCCCUUCCAACUCCCUUGUGUCGUCUGAUUAAAUGAAAGCGAACACCGA